AACUGCUUUGCUCCAAUGGACGGGCGGGCGGAUGGACGGCCUGGAUUGGUCUGACAUGGCAGUAAUCGACGGUUGUCCAAUGUGACAGGUGGCACAUACUUAUCGAGUGAGCAACGGCUGGCUUGGCUCCACGUUCACAGCUCCAUCCCUUCUUAUCCGCGCAAUCCAACGGACCGGACCCAGCCAAGCCAUUCCCCACCACCCUCUCCCAGACAGAUCGAGGAGGAGAGCCAUGCCGGACUCGGACAACGAGGACUCGGGCAACGCGGGCGGGGAGCUGUCGUCGCCGCGGGAGCAGGACCGCUUCCUGCCCAUCGCCAACGUCAGCCGCAUCAUGAAGAAGGCGCUCCCGGCCAACGCCAAGAUCAGCAAGGACGCCAAGGAGACGGUGCAGGAGUGCGUCUCCGAGUUCAUCUCCUUCAUCACCGGCGAGGCCUCCGACAAGUGCCAGCGCGAGAAGCGCAAGACCAUCAACGGCGACGACCUGCUCUGGGCCAUGACCACCCUCGGCUUCGAGGACUACGUCGACCCGCUCAAGCACUACCUCCACAAGUUCCGCGAGAUCGAGGGCGAGAGGGCCGCCGCCACAUCGACAUCAACCACGCCCGACAUGCCAAGAAACAACAACAAUGCCACCGGUUACGCCGACGCCCCGGGAGGCAUGAUGAUGAUGGGGCAGCCCGUGUACGGCUCGCCGCCGCCGCCACAGCAGCAGCAGCAGCACCAACAUCAGAUUGCAAUGGGAGGGAGAGCGGGCUUUCCCUAUCACGGAGGCGGCGGUGGCGGCGGCGGGUCGUCGUCAUCGUCGGGGUUCGGACGGAAAGAGGGGUGACAUCUUUUCUUUUCUUUUUGAGCUGACCAAAGUGAGUGAUUUCAACAUAUGUUCCUCUCUUGGAUGAAGCCGUACAUGACUUGUAGCUUAAGGAAAUCCAUUCAGUACAAGGAGGAAUGAUUGUUCUAAUCCUCAUAUUGAUUUGUUCAUCUCAUCGUCA